AUGUCUCUCCCCACUUUCGACGUCAAGACUACAGCAAAAGAGGUCGCUGCGACUUUCCCUGAGCAAAUCAAGGGCAAGACUGUCCUUGUUACCGGAACAUCGUUGAAGAGCAUUGGAUUCACUACCGUGCAAGCGUUUGCCAAAGAUGCUGGGCUACUCAUCAUCACUGGGCGAAGUGCGGAAAAACUGAAAGACACCGAAGCAGCACUCAAGACAGAGUUUCCAGGCGCCAACAUUCGCCUGCUUGUCCUCGAUCUGGCGUCUCGUGCUUCUGUUAGAAAAGCAGCUGCAGAGGUGAAUGCGUACCCAGAGCCGCUCCAUAUAAUUAUUCACAACGCUGCUGAUGUCAUCGGCCCAUUCAAACUCAACGAGGACAAUCUGGAUUCCCAGUUCUCAUCCAAUCAUGUCAGCCCAUUCCUCUUCACCAAGCUCCUUGCAACGAAGCUUCUUGCUUCGAGCACUCCAAGCUUUGCCCCACGUGUAGUUUUCGUAUCCAGCUCCGCCCAUUCAUUCGGAGCAAUCGACUGGGACACACUCGCCAAACCCGACGAGGCCAAACACACUCCCAUGGGAGCCUAUGCGCAGUCCAAAAUUGCCAACAUCCUAACCGCUAAAGAACUGACAAAGCGAUCGGGUGGGCGAAUCCAGUCGUUCAGCUUGCAUCCUGGCUCGAUCGUAACCAGUGAGGCACCUAUAAACGUUGCAACCUUGCAGUCUAUCGGAAUAUAUACCCCUGAUGGUAAACCCAACACCGCGGACUAUUCCUUUGUUACCCGCGAGCAGGGUGCUGCAACUUCUGUUGCCGCGGCGAUCGAUCCUCGUAUCGAAGGCAAAGGAGGCGCAUAUCUUAGCUGCGCAGUUCUUGCAGAUGACCAAGUGUCAGAGUUUGCGGCGGACCCGGCCAAUGCGGAGAGGCUGUGGACGGUCACAGAAGACCUCCUUGGAGAGAAAUUUACGUUUUAA